AUGAAGCACGAACGCGCAACGCUCCCCUCAACUACUUCGAGUAACUCUUUCUGGCACAGCGAGCCUAACGAGUUCUUGAUCGGACACCGUACUACCGAAGAGCUUCCCGCCAAAGCUGAUAUCGUCAUCGUUGGAAGCGGUAUAACUGGGACAUCGGCUGCUAGGUAUCUCGCCGAAGACAAGAGGGCCAAAGGCAAAAGCAUCGUACUUCUCGAAGCCAGAGAAGCAUGCUGGGGAGCUACCGGCAGAAAUGGUGGCCACUGUCAACCCCUACUCUUCGACCGUAGCGCCGAGGUGGCUGCGUUCGAAAUGAAGAACGUUCACGCAGUUCGCUCGUAUAUCAAAAAGAACAACGUCCCUUGUGAAUGGCGGGACGUGUCUGGAUGCCGCUCCUUCUGGACAGAGGACGUGAUGAGCGAGGCCGAGAAGGAGCUUGCGCGUCUUGAAAAAGUGGCUCCGGAGUUGAGGAGUUUGGUAACCAUCAUCCGUGACAAGGAGGAGCUGAAGAAGCAUCGAGUCUCCCCUGAAGCGGUAGGAGCGACACUCAGCCAGGGCGCUGCGAGUCUGUGGCCUUACAAGUUGGUCGCAUUUACCCUGGAGCAACUUGUCAAAGCGGGACAACUCAAUCUACAGACCACAACUCCAGUCAAUGAGAUCACAUCCGCGGAUGGUAAGCAUACGUUACAUACCAACCGCGGCACUAUCAGCGCGAAGAACGUCAUUCUUGCUACCAACGGCUACACGUCAGCCCUUCUUCCUCAUUUCGCUGAUCUCAUCGUUCCCGUCCGCGGUGAGAUGUCAGCCCUCCUGCCUCCCAAAGGAAACACGAUUCUCCCCGACUCGCAUGGUAUGGUAGCGGCUUUAGGUCAACCGGCUAGCAAUGACGACUACCUCAUUCAAAGGCCGUUUGAAGGUGUACCAAACCCCCGCGGACAUCUCAUGUUUGGCGGCGGCCGCGGAGCGGGUCACCUCCCUGCCAUUGGUGUAUCAGACGAUAGCAUCAUCGAUGAAGACUCAGCAGCAUAUCUCCGCAGCGCACUUCUAAAGGUCCUCGAGCUUGACGGACAGACAGAAGGUCUGACUGAGCUUAAGGCAGCUGGUCAAUGGACAGGCAUCAUGGGCUACAGUCGUGAUGACCACCCUUGGGUUGGUAAGGUGCCAGACCGGGACGGGCUGUGGCUUUCUGGCGGAUACACAGGACACGGUAUGCCAAACACAACACUUUGCGGCAAAGCAGUUGUGGAUAUGCUACUUGGAGAAGAGGAAGGCCACGAACUCAACACCCUUCAAACACAGAUGGUCCAGAGUGGCGACAUUCCAAGCAGCUAUAUCUUGACUAAGGAGAGGAUCAAGCAAGCUAGAACGCUACUUACCGUUCAACAACAGGAUGAGCAAGGCGUUCGCUUGAGUGGUAUAGUUUAG